AUGGGGGCCCCCAUGGGGGCCCCCCGAGGGGCCCCUGUAGGGGCCCCCAUAGGGGCCCCCAUAGGGGCCCCUACCUUCUCUGCGGGUAUCUCUCCUCCGUUCGAACUGCAGCGGAGGCCUCGUGGUGGCAGCCCGCACAUCCACUGCUUCUUCGUCAGCCUGCAGCAGCAGCAGCAGCAGCAGAAGCAGCAGCAGCAGCAGCAGCAGCAGCGCUCUGUCCACUUCCGCACGGCUUCGAGGGCCGCUUCCACUUGCUCGCUCUCUACGUCUACAUAUGCAGCACUGCAGCCACAGCAACAGAAGCAGCAACAGCAGCAGCAACAGCAGCAGCAGCAGCAGCAGCAAAAUGAAGCGAACUGGCGGCAUAGGCACCAGCAACGACAGCAACCAACGGCAGCAGCAGCAGCAGCAGCAACUACUACUGCUGUAGCAGCAGCAGCAGCAGCAGCAGCAGCACGAGUAGCAGCACCAACAACUAAUAACGCUACCAGCAACUGCAGCAUUAGCAGCAACUGCAGCAGCAGCAGCAAGUAUAGCAGCAGCAGACGGGAGCACAGCAGCAAUAAGUGUAGCAGCAACAGCAGCAGCAGCAGCAGCAGCAGCAGCAGCAGCAGCAAGUGCAGCAGCUGA